CAGCGGGGGCGAGCCUGGGAGCGGCGGAAUCUCGACACCCCCCGGCUGCUUUGCGGGGCCGCUCUUAAAGGGCCAGCGCCGCCCCCGCCCCGCGGAGCGGCUUCCUCCUCCCCAAGACCGACGUGAGGUGGAUGGAGCGAGGGGAAGAGCCGUGGGAACCUGAUCUCCCCUCCCUCGAGGCUGGGGGGACCCCCGGUGAGACCCACACAGAAGCUGCCGGGGUGGCCACACCCCCAACGCCCCGCCGCAAGCCAGCUGGCCGCUCCUACCAGUGUCCGGAGUGCGGGAAAUCCUUCCGGCAGAGCUCGCACCUACUCCAGCACCAGACCACGCACACAGGCGAGCGCCCCUACCGCUGCCCCGACUGCGGCCGGUCCUUCAGUCAGAGCUCUGACCUGGUGCGGCACCAGCGCGUCCACACAGGCGAGCGCCCCUACCGCUGCCCCGACUGCGGCCGGGCCUUCAGCCAGAGCUCCAACCUGCUCCAGCACCGGCGCGCUAGCUCUGGCACCCGCCCCUUCUGCUGCGCCCAGUGCGGCAAGUGCUUCGGCCGCAGCUCUCACCUGCUCAAGCACCAGGCCACCCACUCCGGCGAGCGGCCCUUUGGCUGCACCGAUUGUGGCAAGCGCUUCGGCCACAGCUCCAGCCUGCUCCAGCAUCAGCGGGUCCACGCCGGCCAGCGGCCCUUCGGCUGCGUCGACUGCGGCAAGAGCUUCCUGCAGAGCUCCGACCUGCUCAAGCACCGGCGCGUCCACACCGGGGAGAAGCCCUACACCUGUGGGGAGUGUGGGCGUGGCUUCAGCCAGCGCUCCCAUGUGGUCAAACACGGCCGGGUCCACAGCCGGGGCAAGCCAUGA